AUUGUGACCAGAGGGGUUUGUGUGGCUAAAGAGGCAGGCAGUACAGUGUGUCCAUAGUGCAGGACCAUGCCGGGCACAAAACGGUUUCAACAUGUGAUUGAGACCCCGGAGCCUGGCAAGUGGGAGUUCUCUGGAUAUGAGGCAGCUGUGCCAAUCACAGAGAAGUCAAACCCACUCACCCAGGACCUGGACAAAGCGGAUGCUGACAAAAUUGUUCACUUGCUGGGGCAGUGUGAUGCUGAGAUCUUCCAGGAGGAGGUGCAAGGCAUGCCCACAUACCAGCGACUCUACAGCGAAUCAAUUCUGACCACCAUGGUACAAGUGGCUGGGAAAGUUCAGGAAGUACUAAAGGAGCCCGAUGGGGGCCUGGUAGUGCUGAGUGGAGGGGGCACCUCGGGCCGGAUGGCAUUCCUCAUGUCAGUCUCCUUUAAUCAGCUGAUGAAAGGCCUUAAACAGAAACCUCUUUACACCUACCUCAUUGCAGGGGGUGACAGGUCUGUGGUGGCCUCUAGGGAGGGAACAGAAGAUAGUGCCCUGCAUGGGAUUGAAGAACUAAAGAAGGUGGCUGCUGGGAAGAAGAAGGUGAUCGUCAUUGGCAUUUCGGUGGGACUCUCUGCUCCCUUUGUGGCAGGCCAGAUGGACUACUGCAUGGAUAACACAGCUGUCUUCCUGCCAGUCCUCGUUGGUUUCAAUCCAGUGAGCAUGGCCAGAAAUGACCCCAUUGAAGACUGGAGUUCAACAUUCCGACAAGUAGCAGAGCGGAUGCAGAAAAUGCAAGAGAAACAGAAAGCUUUUGUGCUCAAUCCUGCAGUUGGGCCUGAGGGUCUCAGCGGCUCCUCCCGGAUGAAAGGUGGAAGUGCCACAAAGAUCCUGCUGGAAACCCUGUUAUUAGCAGCCCAUAAGACUGUGGAUCGGGGCAUUGAAGCCUCUCAGAGAUGCCUCCUGGAAAUCCUGCGGACAUUUGAGCGGGCCCAUCAGGUGACCUACAGCCAAAGCCCCAGGAUUGCCACCCUGAUGAAGCAAGUCAGCACCAGCCUGGAGAGGAAAGGCCGAGCGUACCUGGUGGGCUGGCAGACCCUCGGCAUCAUUGCCAUCAUGGACGGAGUCGAGUGCAUCCACACUUUUGGCACUGAUUUCCGAGAUAUCCGUGGCUUUCUCAUUGGUGAUCACAGUGACAUGUUUAACCAGAAGGCUGAGCUCACCAACCAGGGUCCCCAGUUUUCCUUCUCCCAGGAGGACUUCCUGACUUCCAUCCUGCCAACCCUCAUGGAAAUUGACACUGUGGUCUUCAUUUUCACCCUGGAUGACAACCUCACAGAGGUGCAGACACUGGUGGAGCAGGUGAAAGAGAAGACCACCAACAUCCAGGCCCUGACACACAGCACUGUGGGGCAGUCCUUGCCGACCCCUCUGAAGAAGCUCUUUCCUUCCAUCAUCAGCAUCACGUGGCCACUGCUGUUCUUUGAAUAUGAAGGGAACUUCAUCCAGAAGUUCCAGCGUGAGCUAAGCACAAAGUGGGUGUUGAAUACAGUGAGUACAGGGGCUCAUGUUCUUCUCGGGAAGAUUCUACAAAACCAUAUGUUGGACCUCCGCAUUAGCAACUCCAAGCUCUUCUGGCGGGCUCUGGCCAUGCUGCAGAGGUUCUCUGGACAGUCCAAGGCUCGAUGCAUCGAGAGCCUCCUCCAGGCAAUCCACUUUCCUCAGCCACUGUCAGAUGAUAUUCGGGCUGCUCCCAUUUCCUGCCAUGUGCGGCUUGCACAUGAGAAGGAUCAGGUGAUCCCUGUAGCCUUGCUGAGCCUCCUAUUCCGGUGCUCCAUCGCUGAGGCUCAGGCACACCUGGCUGCAGCUCCUUCUAUCUGUGAGGCUGUCAGGAGCGCCCUCGCCAGGCCAGGUCAGAAGCGCAGUGCGGACCCUCUCAAGACCCUGGAGCCUGCUGUGCAGUGAACCAGUUUUUCUGGGUGUGUGAAAGGGGCCCAGCCCAGCCCCAGGGGACUUAAGUUGUGGGAGAAAGAGGCCCAGUUUCCAGGGGCACCAGCAGCCCGGGGUGGGGAGAAUUCUUAUUCUUGACCCAGUGGUUUCUACUUUCAUUGGCUUAUUUUCAUUUCAGAAAUAAAACUAAAUGUCUUGUGUGGGAAA